AUGGCAGCUCCCUGUGUAAAUGGCAAAGCGACAGCAACAUUUGCUAACUUUGCUGCAACAGCGACAGCGACAGCAACAGCAACACAACAAGAACAACAACAGCAACGGAUACUACAUAAAUGUAUCUGUAUCUAUCUAUUCGAUGGCCGUGCAUUGUAUUGCAGUUACGUGCUCGAUGGUCCAGCAAAAUGGAGACUCGAAAAAAAUCUCUAA